AGCCAAUGGAUCUGAUGCCCAAACGUGGGCCAAUGCUGUGAGGCUCCGAACCACUCGCCCCUCGCCACGUCAUGGUGCUGCCUCCUCCAUGGGUGACGGGUGCGAUGGAAAAGCCCGCUGGCACCAAGAACAUGGGAACUUGGACGCAAGCCGUCUACACUCCUGAGCAGCAAGCUCGCCUAGGUGUAGAUGAAACUGGAAACAAAGUUGCGAAGGAAGCUCCAGUGGCAGCAAAAGCGUAUCAAGUGCCUGUCUCAGCUCCCGUGGCUGCUCCGGCUGCAGCUGGAAGAAUAGGGUUGGUGGGUCCAGCAUGGACCAGGGGCGAAAUUGAGAAGCCUGCUGGCACCAAAGACAUGGGUGGCUGGCAAGGAUUGGUUUAUACGGCCGAGCAGCAAGCACGGCUAGGUGUAGACGAGAUGGGAAACAAACUCGCAAAGGAAGCUCCAGUGGCGAAAGCUGGAAGUCAAGCGCUUCCGGCCAUUACCCCACAGUAUGCCGCAGCACUUCUGACUUCAGAGAAGCUUCUGUCGGAUAUGUGCAGGAAGUACUUUCGGAAGUAUGAUGCGAACAAGGACGGCUUCUUGGAGUCGGAUGAGGUGGGUUCGUUGUGCCAGGAUUUGCACUCAGGUCUUGGCAUGUCGCUCACCGAUGAGGAGAUUGCGAAAUCCAUGGAGCCUUUCUCGCCAGGCCAGAAAGCUGGGCUUUCGGAGGAGGACUUCUCAACGUGGUUUGCUCAACUCCUCAAGGACACGGUCAAGGCCCAGGUUUCGGAGAAGAAGGAGGAGACGAAAGAGCCGCCGAAGACGCUCACAGUGAAGUCGCUCACCGGUGCAGGGGCUGCGCUGCCCUUGGAUGCCUCCAGCACGGUGGCGGACCUGGCGAAGGAAGCGGCGACGCUGCUGGACCUGCCAGUGGCCCAGACGAAGAUCACCUGCGGCGGUGAGGUCUUAGCGGACUCCGCCACGCUCGAGGCCUGCCAGCUGGAUGAGAACUCCGACCUCACAGCUGUGGUCAUGAACACCAUCAAGGUCAAGCGACACGUGUACAACGCGCGUGGUGGUGCCCCACCCUACCGGGGCUACCACUUGGUCGCGACCGAUGAGGUUGAACUUCUACCUGGAAAGAAGCUCUCUGACCAGUUUGGGAAGAUCAUACCGGACGAUGGCUAUCCCGCCCCCGGCCACUUCGCGCCCCGGGCCGUCGCCUUCCAAUCGACGCCCAGCGCACAAGCGCCCAGGAAGUGGGAAGGGGGCAUGAACGAGGUGGAGGUGGAUGGCAAUAGCACUCCUGAGGAGACCUUUGGCGUGGAUGGGGAAGUGGAGCUAGCAGUCUUGAUCCCCAUGAGAGGGUUUGAUUAGCAACGAACCGAGAGGAGUGCGGCGGAGCAAGAGUCCUCCCAAAAAGCGAGCGCCCGAUGCCGCAACAAUGCGCGUGGAUGGAGCGCAUGACCUUGCUUGUGACACCCUACGACCUCGGAUGGAGAAUUUCAUUGCAUGAGAGUUUUUGUUCCUCCAAUUGUUUGUGUUGCCGAGCACACCCCGUGCGACCCGUUGCAUCCACAUUGCCUUGUUUUCUCUGCUGUAACCGUGCCACCGGGAAACUUCAAAGGUACGUGAUGGAGCAAAUGAUAAGUGAAUUGAGCAUUCAAGGGCAGGGCCUCAAAAAAAGCCUUGCAAGCAACGC